AUGGCGGCGGCGGCGGCGGCGACGGCUCCUCCGGGCUGCCCCGGUUCAUGCCCCAACUUCGCCGUGGUCUGCUCCUUUCUGGAGCGCUACGGGCCGCUGCUCGACCUCCCCGAGCUGCCCUUCCCGGAGCUGGAGCGGGUGCUGCAGGCGCCCACGCCCGACGCCGGCGACAGUGAGGUACCUAAAGAAUUGGUGGAGCUCCACUUGAAACUGAUGAGGAAGAUUGGUAAAUCUGUAACUGCAGACAGAUGGGAAAAAUAUUUGAUCAAGAUGUGCCAAGAGUUUAAUAGCACUUGGGCGUGGGAGAUGGAGAAGAAGGGCUAUCUUGAAAUGAGUGUUGAAUGCAAAUUGGGACUUUUAAAGUACCUCUGUGAAUGCCAGUUUGAUGACAAUUUGAAGUUUAAGAACAUUAUUAAUGAGGAGGAUGCUGAUGCCAUGCGCCUCCAGCCAAUUGGCCGAGAUAAGGACGGUCUCAUGUAUUGGUACCAGCUGGACCAAGAUCAUAAUGUUAGAAUGUACAUAGAAGAGCAAGAUGAUCAAGAUGGGUCUUCAUGGAAAUGUAUCGUCAGAAACAGAAAUGAAUUGGCUGAGACUCUGGAACUCUUGAAAGCUCAAAUAGAUCCUGCCCUUUUGAAAAAUUCCAGCCAACAGGAUGCCUCCUCCCGGGAAAGUCCCAGCCUAGAAGAAGAAGAAACAAAAAAAGAUGGAGAAACACCUAAACAAGAGGAGGAAUUAAAAUCAAAAGAUGAGAAAGUGAAAGUGGAGGAAUCAGCAAAAGACUCUGAAAAUCUUCCUAUACCUCCUAUCUCAGAAGAGAAUCCUGUGAAAGUUGAGAAACAAGGAGGAGAAAAGGAACUUGGGAAAACACCAGUCAUAGUGAAACUAGAAAAACCUUUAGAGAAUGAGGAGAACAAGAUCCCCAAAGAAGAAAAUGAUUCCUUCAAGGAAAAUGUUAAGCCUAUUAAAGUGGAGGUUAAGGAAUGUAAAAUGGAACCAAAAGAUGUUAAAAGUGGCACAGAGAAAAUGACUGUUCAUGAACCUGAGCGUUUAGAAAUUGGUAUUAAGCCUCCUCCAGAAAUUAUAGAGAAAUCAACUGAAGAAACAGAAAAAUUAAAAAAUGACCAGCAAGCAAAGAUACCCUUGAAAAAACGUGAGAUUAAAUUGACUGAUGAUUUUGACAGCCCAGUCAAGGGACCUUUGUGUAAAUCAGUGACUCCAACAAAAGAUGCAUUGAAAGAGGAGGUGAAACCUGAGGAGGAGAUUUGUAAACGAAUUCCUACAAUUAUGGCUUUGUGUCCUGAAGGGAAACUGUUAGUCAAUGGAGAAGUUAGUGGUGAAAAAACCACUCCAAGAAAUAAGACAGAGCAAUUAGAAACCAAGCUCUACAGUAUAAAGGAAGGAGGCAGUCACCCAGCCAAGGAGAAAAAUGGCUUGGUGUUGGACAGUGAAGCAGAGUCCUUGAUGGGUCUAAAUAAAAGCAUAAAAGCAAGUGAAUCUGGGAAAGAUGGAGAGGGUACUAUUCAGAGAGGGCAAGGACUGGAAGAACCUGGUCCUCCAGAAACAGAAAAAGCUCUUGACAACACUUCAGAAAUGGCAGAGGAUCUUUCUUUGAAAACAACUUUCUCCACCACUGAAGCUUGUGCAAAGAAAGUUGAAGAGAAGACCUCUGUUAAAAAUAAGAAGGACAAACGGCCUCCACUUUUAGAAUGUCUAGAAAAGUUAGAGAAGUCCAAGAAGACUAUUCUUGAGAAGGACUCAUCAAAACUGAGUCCUAUACCUGAAGAGGUGGCAAAGAACAUCAUAGAUUCAGAGAAGAUGCCUUGUUCCUCAGAAGCAGCAGAGAUCUCUCCAACUUCUGCUACUCCUGAUAAUCAGGGGAAGACAGCUUCUGAAAAAAAUGGAUCAAAACCUAGUGAUGAUAGCCAGCCCCUAGAAAAAACAGACCCUGAGGUUCUCAAGGAGGAAAUGGAAUUUUCCAAGGUUGGAGUUGAUAAAUUAGAUAGUAGCCAACCUUGUAAAAUGGAAGAACCUUCAGAGACCAAGAAAGGGUCCACCAUACAAAAAAGUAAAUUUAAAUAUAAACUGGUUCCUGAGGAAGAAACCACUGAAACAGAAAAUAAGGAAAUAACAUCUGAAAGGCAGAAAGAAGGCAUCAAGUUAACAAUCAGGAUUUCUAGCAGGAAGAAAAAGCCUGAUCCUCCCCCAAAAGUUCUUGAUACUGAGGUAAAGGAAGAGACAGAAAAGGAAGAAGAGAAAGUAACUCCUGGCCGAACUUUAAGAAGGUCACCAAGAAUAUCUAGACCCACUGCGAAAGUGGCUGAGAUAAGAGAUCAAAAGGCUGAUAAAAAACGAGAGGAAGAAGAAAAAGAAGACACAGCAUCUGUCCAGAAACAAGACAAAAAGGAGAACUCAAGGAAACCUGACAAGGAUACUAAUUCUAAAGUCAACAAGGUGAAAUCCAAGAACAAGGUCCGGUGGACAGGUUCUCGAACACGUGGUCGAUGGAAAUAUUCUAGCAAUGAUGAAAGUGAAGAAUCUGAGAGUGAAAAAUCUUCUGCAGAGUCAGAGGAGGAAGAAGAAAAGGAAAUGGAGGAAGCUGUGCCAGCAGAUGAUGAUGAACCGUGCAAGAAGUGUGGCCUUCCCAAUCAUCCUGAACUAAUUCUUUUGUGUGAUUCAUGUGACAGUGGAUACCAUACAGCCUGCCUUCGUCCCCCUUUGAUGAUAAUUCCUGAUGGAGAGUGGUUUUGUCCCCCUUGCCAACACAAACUUCUCUGUGAAAAACUAGAGGAGCAAUUGCAGGAUUUGGAUGUUGCCUUGAAAAAGAAGGAGCGUGCUGAACGCAGGAAAGAGCGAUUGGUAUAUGUGGGUAUCAGUAUUGAAAACAUCAUCCCUCCACAGGAACCAGAAUUAACUGAUGACCAUGAAGAAAAGAAGAAAGAUUCCAAAAAAUCCAAAACACACGUUCUUGAAAGGAGAUCAACAAGAACAAGGAAGUGUAUAAGUUAUAGAUUUGAUGAAUUUGAUGAGGCAAUUGAUGAAGCAAUUGAAGAUGAUAUCAAAGAAGCUGAUGGAGGGGGAAUUGGCAGGGGAAAAGAUAUUUCCACCAUUACAGGUCAUCGAGGGAAAGACAUCUCAACCAUUUUGGAAGAAGAAAGGAAAGAAAGCAAGAGGCCACAACGGGCAGCUGCUGCUCGACGGAAGAAACGGCGGCGGCUGAAUGAUCUUGAUAGUGACAGCAAUCUGGAUGAAGAAGAGAGUGAGGAUGAAUUUAAGAUCAGUGAUGGAUCUCAGGAUGAGUUUGUUGUGUCAGAGGAAAAUCCAGAUGAGAGUGAAGAGGAACAGCCCUCAAAUGAAGAUAGUGACACUGAAUUCUGUACCCGAAGAUCCCGGCGACACCACUCCAAGCCAAUGAGGCAGAGCAGGCGUUUGCGAAGAAAGACAGUGAAGAAAAAAUAUUCUGAUGAUGAUGAAGAAGAAGAUUCUGAGGAGAAUAGUAGAGCAUCUGAGAGUGAUUAUAGUGAUUACAGCGAAGAUUAUCUGGAAACUAGACGGAGAAGGUCAAGAAGGAACCAGAAAAGACAAGUUAACUAUAAAGAGGACUCAGAAAGUGAUGGUUCCCAGAAGAGCUUCAGAUAUGGGAAAGAAAUGAGACGAGUUCACAAACGCAGGCUUUCCAGCUCAGAUAGUGAAGAGAGCUACAUGUCCAAGAAUUCUGAUGAUGAUGAACCAGCUAAAGAAUCUCAACGGUCGGUCCGAAAGCGAGGUCGAAAUACAAAUGACUGUUCUGAAGCAGAAGCGGAGGAGGAGGAAGGCCGACCUGCUCGAAAACGACUGCAUCGUAUUGAGACAGAUGAAGAAGAAAAUUGUGAGAAUUCUAAUGAUACUGUGGAACAGCCUAUAGCAGCCAGCAAGCACUCGGUAUCAUCACAUGGGCAGCAUGAUCAUGCCAGAAAGCCCUAUAGGAUAGACAGUGAUGAGGAAGAGGACUUUGAAAACGUUGGGAAAGUAGAAAGCCCAUUGGACUAUAGCUUAGUGGACUUGCCUUCUGCCAAUGGACAGAGCCCUGGCAAGGCUAUCGAGAACUUAAUUGGCAAACCACCUGAAAAGCCUCAAGCCCCCAAGGACAGCACAGCCAAUGCCAGCCUAGCACCCAAUGGGACAGGUAGUGCACAGGAGGCAGGAGCACCAGAAGAAGAGGAGGAUGAACUUUUAAGAGUGACUGACCUUGUUGAUUAUGUCUGUAACAGUGAACAGUUAUAAGACUUUUUUCCAUUUUUGUGCUAAUUUAUUCCACGGUAGCUCUCACACCAGCGGGCCAGUUACUAAAGCUGUUUUAUUUUUCCUAGAAAACUCCACUACAGGAUCACUUUUUAGAAGCAAAAAUUUCACCAGUCCCUGCAGUCUUUCUGUGAAGUGACCAGUUUUGAACUUUGAAGAUAAAUAAUCGCUGUAAAUUCCCUUUGCUGUUUUUUUUUGUUUUUGUUUUUGUUUUUGUUUUUUGCCUCCUCCUCAAGUUCAUGGUCCUUGGUAAUUUCAUUCAUGGGAAAAACAAAACACAAAACAAACACAUAAAAACCCCAUAUUCUAAUAACAACAA